AACCCUAAAAAUCGCUCCAUCACUAAUCCACCCAACAAUUAAAAUCGAUCAAAUUAAUCAUGGAAGCUCAAUAUCGUCGUGUUAUUGCAGCAGCGGUCAUCCUCGCCGCCGCGAUUCUCGCCGUCUCCUCCGUAUCGGAGGCGGCGGUGAACUGCGGCCGGGUGGACCUCGCUUUGGCGCCUUGCCUGAAUUACCUCCGGGGGCGCGGCGGGAACUACCCAUCGAAGCCGUGCUGCGACGGCGUUAGGGCGGUGAAGGGAAUGGUUGGGUCGCCGGCCGACCGGAGAGCCGCCUGCAACUGCGUGAAGGCCGCCGCGAACCGCUACGCUGACCUGAAGGACGCGGCGGCGCAGAGCCUCGCCGGAAAGUGUGGGGUCCAGCUCAGCAUCCCCGUCUCCCGCUAUGUUGACUGUAACAAGCUUAAGUGAGAAUUGAUGACGUGGAGGAAAUCAAUAAAGUUGAUUGGAUAAUUGAUAACAUUUGUGGAAAAAUUAGGGUUUUCUGCAAAUUGUAAUCUAUUAAUAAAAAUUAAUAAUGUGUUGGGACAUGGUAA